AACAAAACUAUCGAUAGUACCAUCCAUAGUUUGACUCUUCUAUCGUUUUGUCCCUAUUUGUAACUGGUAGAAUUAAUUUGCUAUGCUCUCCGCUCUUAAAAUGCUGGCUGUGGGCUCAAAGCAUUUCAGUGGGUUUGUGUUUAGGACCGCCGGGCUCAAAAACUUUGCUCCACAGAAGAAAUAUGACUAUGUUGAAAAAAUAGAACGGCCAAAACUACGUGUUAUGGAGAGAGCACCACAGUAUCCCCCAAAUCUCCGACCGCCGAAGAUGCAGAAGAAGUUGAAGAAUAUGAGGGGCCCUGAGAUGGUUCAUAAUGAGUUUGUUCACAAGCAAUAUGGCAUAAUUGCUGAAAGUGGAGGACGUUUGAGAUGGGGGCAUUUCGAAAUGUUACGUUUAACAAUCGGUCGCAAAAUGGAUGUCAACAGAAUGUUUGCUAGUUGGAGGGUGCCACCGCCUUGGCAGCCAAUAACCAAAAAAGGGCAAGGUCAACGUAUGGGUGGGGGAAAAGGAGCCAUAGAUCAUUACGUAACACCUGUCAAAAAGGGCCGUGUAAUUCUUGAAAUCGCUGGAAAAUGCGAAUUUGCGGAAGUACAACCAUUUUUAGAAUUAGUAGCUCAGCAAUUACCUUUCAAAGCUCGUGUAGCGUCACAAGAAAUGUUAAAUUCCUCGAAAAUAGACAACCAUGAAACACUUCAAGGUAGAUACUUGAAGCACAUAAUACAAAAUAAUUUAAGUGGUUGUCAUAAAUGGCUUUCCCCAGUUGAUCACAAAUGGUUUGCUACCAACUGGGUUGCUUAAAGGCCAGUAUGCAGCUGUCUAGAAAAGCAAAAAAAUCCAUAUAAAAUGACGUACAAGAAAUGGAUAAGAAAUUUUCUUGUCUAAAAUUUUCUUGAGUCAGUACGCAGUUCUUGAGAAAUUGGCUACGCUUUCUAUUACGGUUUUCUAAAGUUUUUUGUGAAAAAAGAGCACAAGGCAACCCAAGAAUGAUAGAAUA